AUGGCGAUGAAAUCUCUUUCCCCUGUUCCUAAGCUUCUCUCCACAACACCAAGCUCUGUUCUUUCCUCUUCUGACAAGAAAUUCUUCUUCGUCGAUUUCGUUGGAUUGUACUGUAAUAAGUCCAAGAGAACCAGACGCAGACUUCGUGGAGACUCUUCCUCUAACUCACGCGCUUCUCCUCUGUCUCGUCUAUCCUCUGUUCGUGCCGUUAUCGACCUUGAACGUGUUCAUGGCCUAUCUGACAAAGAUCUCGCUUCUCCAUCCUAUUUAAAACCUCAGGUAGCUAAUUUGGAGGAUAUUCUGUCUGAGAGAGGAGCUUGUGGAGUUGGGUUUAUAGCCAACUUAGAUAACAUACCAUCACAUGGAGUCGUCAAGGAUGCUCUUAUUGCUCUCGGGUGUAUGGAACAUCGUGGAGGCUGUGGAGCAGACAAUGAUUCUGGUGAUGGCUCUGGUCUUAUGUCUUCCAUUCCUUGGGAUUACUUUAACGUCUGGGCCAAGGAACAGGGCCUUGCUCCUUUCGACAAGUUACAUACCGGUGUUGGAAUGAUCUUUCUUCCACAAGAAGAUGCCUUUAUGCAAGAAGCCAAACAAGUUGUUGAAAACAUAUUUGAGAAAGAAGGGUUACAGAUUCUUGGGUGGAGGGAAGUUCCUGUAAAUGCUCCCAUAGUUGGUAAAAACGCUAAAGAGACAAUGCCUAACAUACAGCAAGUCUUUGUGAAACUCGCAAAGGAAGAUAGUACGGAUGACAUCGAAAGGGAACUUUACAUCUGCCGGAAAUUAAUCGAAAGGGCAGUGGCUAGUGAAAGUUGGGGAAGUGAGCUCUAUUUCUGUUCACUCUCCAAUCAAACCAUAGUGUACAAGGGAAUGCUUCGGUCUGAAGCUCUUGGACUGUUUUAUCUAGACCUUCAGAAUGAGCUUUACACGUCUCCCUUUGCUAUUUACCAUCGAAGGUACAGCACAAACACUAGUCCCAGGUGGCCUCUUGCUCAACCAAUGAGGUUUCUUGGACAUAAUGGGGAGAUCAAUACCAUUCAGGGGAACUUAAACUGGAUGCAGUCUCGAGAAGCUUCUUUGAAGUCCUCUGUUUGGAAUGGCCGUGAAAAUGAAAUUCGUCCGUUUGGUAAUCCCAGGGGCUCUGACUCUGCCAACCUUGAUAGUGCCGCAGAAAUAUUAAUAAGAAGUGGACGAACUCCAGAGGAAGCUCUAAUGAUUCUUGUCCCCGAGGCGUACAAAAACCAUCCAACCUUAUCUAUCAACUAUCCUGAGGUUGUAGAUUUCUAUGACUACUACAAAGGACAAAUGGAGGCUUGGGAUGGUCCUGCAUUACUUUUGUUCAGUGAUGGAAAAACAGUUGGGGCUUGUCUUGACCGCAAUGGGCUUCGUCCUGCUCGAUACUGGCGUACAAGUGACAAUGUCGUCUAUGUUGCAUCUGAGGUCGGAGUUGUACCAGUUGAUGAGGCGAAAGUUACCAUGAAAGGCCGUCUAGGACCUGGCAUGAUGAUUGCUGUUGACCUAAUUAAUGGCAAGGUAUAUGAGAAUACAGAUGUCAAGAAGCGGAUAUCAUCAUUCAAUCCAUAUGGAAAGUGGAUCAAAGAAAACUCCCGAACCUUGAAGCCUGUGAAUUUCAAAUCCUCAACGGUCAUGGAAAAUGAAGAAAUCCUAAGAACCCAACAGGCAUUUGGUUAUUCAAGUGAGGAUGUGCAAAUGGUUAUUGAAUCUAUGGCUUCCCAAGGAAAGGAACCAACCUUCUGCAUGGGAGAUGAUAUUCCACUGGCUGGAUUGUCUCAAAAGCCACACAUGCUUUACGAUUAUUUCAAGCAAAGAUUUGCACAGGUUACAAACCCUGCCAUUGAUCCCCUUAGGGAAGGCUUGGUUAUGUCUCUUGAAGUAAAUAUUGGAAAACGUGGAAAUAUAUUGGAGCUUGGUCCUGAGAAUGCCUCACAGGUUAUUCUGUCCAACCCUGUGCUAAAUGAAGGAGGAGUUGAGGAGUUAUUGAAGGAUCCAUACUUGAAACCCAAGGUUCUGUCCACAUAUUUCGACAUAAGAAAAGGAGUUGAAGGUUCCCUGCAAAAGGCUAUAUAUUAUCUUUGUGAAGCAGCUGAUGAUGCUGUCCGAAGUGGCUCUCAGCUCCUCAUUCUUUCAGACCGAUCUGAUAAACUGGAACCAACCAGGCCUGCAAUUCCGAUAAUGUUAGCUGUUGGCGCCGUCCAUCAACAUCUUAUUCAGAAUGGCUUGAGGAUGUCAGCUUCCAUUGUUGCUGAUACCGCCCAGUGUUUCAGCACGCAUCAGUUUGCUUGUUUGAUUGGAUAUGGUGCAAGUGCUGUAUGCCCAUACUUGGCCCUGGAGACAUGUAGACAAUGGCGCUUAAGUAACAAAACUGUGGCCUUAAUGCGGAAUGGAAAAAUUCCUACUGUAACCAUUGAGCAAGCUCAGAAGAAUUAUACUAAGGCGGUUACUGCAGGGCUUCUUAAAAUUCUUUCUAAAAUGGGAAUCUCAUUGCUUUCAAGUUAUUGUGGUGCUCAGAUAUUUGAGAUAUAUGGUUUGGGGAAGGAGGUUGUUGAUCUUGCAUUCACUGGAAGUGUUUCAAAAAUCAGUGGACUCACCUUUGAUGAGUUGGCAAGGGAGACAUUGUCUUUCUGGGUAAAGGCCUUUUCUGAGGAUACAACUAAGCGAUUAGAAAAUUUCGGCUUUAUUCAAUUCAGGCCUGGGGGUGAGUAUCACUCAAACAACCCAGAGAUGUCAAAGUUGCUCCACAAGGCUGUCCGUGAAAAGAGUGAAACUGCAUAUGCAGUCUAUCAACAGCAUCUCGCUAACCGACCUGUUAAUGUCCUCCGUGAUCUCCUUGAGUUCAAGAGUGAUCGUGAACCGAUCCCAGUAGGGAAAGUCGAACCCGCCACUUCUAUCGUUCAGAGAUUUUGUACUGGUGGAAUGUCACUUGGUGCUAUUUCCAGAGAAACUCAUGAAGCUAUUGCUAUUGCAAUGAAUAGGAUUGGUGGGAAAUCAAACUCUGGUGAAGGUGGAGAGGAUCCUAUCCGCUGGAAGCCGCUUACAGAUGUGGUUGAUGGAUAUUCACCAACAUUACCUCAUCUCAAAGGUCUUCAAAAUGGAGAUAUUGCAACAAGUGCUAUCAAGCAGGUUGCUUCAGGGCGUUUUGGAGUCACACCAACGUUCUUGGUCAAUGCAGACCAAUUGGAAAUCAAAGUUGCACAAGGUGCCAAGCCAGGGGAAGGAGGUCAACUUCCUGGAAAGAAAGUGAGUGCAUAUAUCGCAAGGCUAAGAAGCUCUAAACCUGGUGUUCCACUUAUAUCCCCGCCUCCUCACCACGACAUUUACUCCAUAGAGGACCUUGCUCAGUUGAUCUUUGAUCUACAUCAGAUUAAUCCAAAUGCAAAAGUAUCAGUAAAGCUCGUCGCAGAAGCUGGAAUCGGAACAGUUGCUUCUGGAGUUGCAAAGGGUAACGCUGAUAUUAUCCAGAUAUCAGGGCAUGAUGGUGGCACAGGUGCUAGUCCAAUAAGCUCCAUAAAACACGCUGGUGGGCCGUGGGAACUUGGACUAACAGAAACUCACCAAACUCUUAUCGAAAAUGGACUCAGGGAAAGAGUCAUUCUAAGAGUGGAUGGAGGCUUAAAGAGUGGUGUUGAUGUUCUAAUGGCUGCAGCUAUGGGUGCUGAUGAAUACGGAUUUGGUUCCUUGGCAAUGAUUGCUACUGGCUGUGUUAUGGCUCGUAUUUGCCACACUAAUAACUGCCCAGUGGGUGUCGCUAGUCAGAGAGAAGAAUUGCGAGCAAGAUUCCCUGGUGUGCCUGGUGAUCUUGUCAAUUACUUCUUAUACGUAGCAGAAGAGGUGAGAGGUAUCUUAGCGCAGUUAGGAUACAGCAAGUUAGAUGACAUCAUUGGACGAACAGAGUUACUGAGACCACGAGACAUUUCGCUAGUGAAAACUCAGCAUCUCGAUCUGAGUUAUCUUCUUUCGUCUGUUGGACUACCUUCAUUGAGCAGUACUGAAAUCAGGAAGCAGGAUGUUCAUACAAAUGGACCUGUUCUUGAUGACGAUAUUCUUGAAGAUCCAUUGGUGAUUGAUGCGAUACAGAACGAGAAAGUGGUUGAUAAAACCGUCAAGAUAUGCAACAUAGACCGUGCGGCUUGUGGUCGCAUUGCUGGUGUCAUCGCAAAGAAGUAUGGAGACACUGGUUUCGCCGGACAAGUGAAUCUAACUUUCCUUGGGAGCGCGGGACAGUCCUUUGCGUGCUUUUUGAUUCCCGGUAUGAACAUCCGGCUCAUAGGAGAGGCAAAUGACUACGUUGGAAAGGGAAUGGCUGGUGGUGAAGUAGUGGUAACUCCUGUGGACACAAUCGGGUUUGUGCCCGAGGAAGCAACCAUAGUCGGGAAUACUUGCUUGUAUGGUGCAACGGGAGGUCAGAUAUUUGCAAGAGGCAAAGCUGGAGAGAGAUUUGCAGUGAGAAACUCACUCGCUGAAGCAGUAGUUGAAGGCACUGGAGACCAUUGCUGUGAGUACAUGACUGGUGGCUGUGUCGUCGUUCUUGGAAAGGUGGGAAGAAACGUUGCUGCGGGUAUGACCGGAGGCUUAGCUUACCUUCUUGAUGAAGACGACACUCUUCUUCCCAAGGUGAACAAAGAGAUAGUGAAGAUGCAGAGAGUAACUGCACCUGCAGGGGAGUUUCAGCUGAAGAGCUUAAUCGAAGCCCAUGUCGAAAAAACCGGAAGCAGCAAAGGGGAAGCGAUUCUGAAGGAGUGGGACAAGUAUCUACCUCUCUUCUGGCAAUUGGUUCCACCGAGUGAGGAAGAUACUCCUGAAGCUUCUGCUUCUUAUGUAAGAACAGCCACCGGUGAAGUCACAUUUCAAUCGGCAUAG